AUGAGCAAAAACCCGUACGUUGCCUCAAAUCUAAUUCUCAGUCUUUCAUCCCUGCCGCCAACCCUUAUACCAAGCUGCGAUCUUCGCUGGAUGCUGUCUCUACUGCCCCUCGCGAUCUCGGCGCACCCCCGCAAGUGGCCAAACCCCGAAUCCAAUUCCGAUGCGCUCUCAUUUCUCCCACCACUUCACUUUGUAUUAAACUUGGUUCUGACCACUCUUCUACAUCUCUCCCUGACCUCAACCGAGCUUAAAAUGGUUACAACGGCGUUGAUCAACCUUUUGAUUUACGCAUCGUCGCCCCAAGCCAUUAUUCUAAAAGCUGUUCUCUGGGGCGGGGGUCUGGGCACCCUGAUUCUCUGCGAAGAGGUCAUAAGGUGGGUCGUCAAUCUUGCACGCGUUCCUUCUCACAAGUUGCGCCGCGCUGGAUAUGCCAUUAUCAGCAUUAGAAGAUGGAAAAAGUUCACCUCUCUAAGAGCGAAGGGGCAAGCAAGUGAUAACGAAGAGGAGCUGCUGAAUAUAACCUUGAAAACUUCCAAGUCGGCAAGGCUAAGGCCCGUUAGCCAAAAAUCUUUCUAUACCGCUCACGCACGAGCAAGCCAGAAAGCCCAAACUCGCAUAUUCUCUAUGGGUAUAUGGUAGCGUUGUGUGUAUCGUCAUGAUAGCGCUGCGCCCCUAUAUCUCGAAGUAUGCCCUAGCUGGCGUCGACCCGUUUCUCUGGGCUCCCGGAUAUCUUCUCUGCGGCCAGAGCUGGUAUUAGAGUCUAGUUGACAGGAUAGCCCCGGGCUCUGGGUACUGCGUCACGGGAGGGGCCGCGUCUGCCGCCAAUCUCCGGUUGCUCAUAAUCGGAUGCUGGCUAGUGGUGCUAGUCGUGGGAAUUAGUUUAGUGACCGCUGUCCUGGCACAUAUUGAAGUAAAUACCAGGAGAAAGGUCUUCCAUGGAAUGGUUGUCAUCAUGUUUCUUAUCCCGGGGGUCCAGGACCCGGCAUUCACAUAUCUUGGGCUAAGCCUGAUACUAGCGGUAUUCCUACUUCUCGACACGGUCAGAGCAGGGCAGCUACCCGCAUUCAGUGGAAAAAUCGCCGUAUUCCUGCAACCUUUUGUUGAUGGAAGAGACCUCAAAGGUCCGGUAAUUGUUUCCCACGUCUUUUUACUCCUUGGCUGUGCUGUUGGAUGGUGGUUUACACUUGCUUCCACAGACUCCCAGGAGGGUGAUUCCUGGGAUCAGUCAGGGAGGCAGGUCGGUUUGGCCUUUGUGAGCGGGGUAGUUUGUGUCGGACUCGGCGACGCAGCCGCGUCACUAAUUGGAAGAUGAUUUGGAGGAACCAAAUGGGGCUAGAGAGGCGGGAAAAGUGUCGAGGGGAGCCUCGCCUUCACUCUCGCCGUUGUGACCGACUUGAGCGUGGCCAGGUGGUGGGUGGGCACGGAAACCCAGACAUGGUCUCUCGUAGACUGGGCCAAGAUUGCCGCAGUAGAGCAUUGGGGGAGCAUGGUAGAAGCGGUGGUAACCGGCGUUAAUGACAAUAUUGUGGUGUCUGUCGGUGCUUGGAUAUUGGUCCGGGGUUUGGGACUUUCGUAA